UGGAAGUAUGAAGCAGAUCAAGUGUGUUUCUGUUUACGACCAUAAAGUUGAUUCAUUUGCGAGGACCGUAAAUGCGGCUGAAAAAAGCUUUCCCCGAACACCACAAUCGUGAUUUUGCUCAUGAGGUCAGAACAGCAAAGUCGCACUUUUAUCUCAAAAGCCCAACGUCUCCCCUGUUCUUCACGCCACGGUCUGCAUCGAUGGUAAAUUAGCAGCUAGCAGCUAACGCAUAAUGAAGGGAUGUCCCAGCACUCCAUAAAUGGUGCACGGUCGUUUCAGUGACGUUCCUGGCUGUCAGUCCAGCUGUGAAAUUCAUUAGCCUUUUACAUUUCACAUACCACCAUAAGUUAUAUUGUCAGUGUAACAUGGUUUUAUGCUUUUGUGUAUAUGAGAUUAACUUCAACUCCUAACUUUUAUGCAGCUGCAUGCAAUGAUGCUGCUGCCUCUUCGUCUUUUGCUGCUAGCGUUAGCAUUAUGCAACGCAGUCGACAUAAUUAUUUUACAUGAAAUGUAGGCCAGUCAAACCUACAUUACGAGAAUACUUAUUUAAACCUUUUGCAAUCCCAUUGGUAGAUGUUUUGGUGAAAUGAGAAGGGCUGUUGUUAAUUGAAUUAAAUGUGACAUUCUGAACAGGCUCUGAAAAGGGCACCUAAAGUUUGAGAGAAGGCGUGGUUGUUGCAAAUUGUUUACGCUUGUUGCAAUCGUAUUUGUUUGUCACCAGAGAAGUACACACAAGUCCAUGGAACUAGACUAAAUUGAAAUGUAAGACAAUUGCAAAGAAUAACUGUUGUUUGUCAGUACAGACAACCUCUAGAGGCACAGUAAGCAAGGGUGUUGACAUGAACGAACAAAUGAUUACACACGAAGUUUAUUAACAUUAAAAGAUCAUGAAGACGGAGCUCUAAUACAAUGUUUUUAGUAGUUUACAAGAACUCUGUUGUGUUUACUAACAUGGAUUUGUCACUAUUGUGACGUUGUAUGUGUGACGCACGUGUCGACGUUUCAUGCAUGUGCCGGGCAGUUUCUAUUUUCCUUCCGUAAACAUCCCCUGGGUUUAAAUCCUUACUUUUCUCCAAACAGCAGAGAUGUAAAAGGAGAAUUUGUGGGUGUGGAGUUUUAAGGCCCAGUCCUGUCAUUUGGUGCCAUUUAUUUUUAUUUUUGGUGUGUUGCAAAAUAACCCCUCAGAAGUUAUUUUUUGUUACUCUAUAAUUGGCAUUAGUAACAGAGAUUGCAGUGGUCACAUGCAGUAGAUUGGUUCAAUUUGCUGUAGAAUCCAAAAACUUUGUACAUUUAGCCUGUGGAAGUGACUGAAAGGAUUAAAAAAACCUGGACCAUGAAGCGAAACCGGCACCCAAGCAGCAGCGAUGACUCCGACACAGGCAGGAGAUGCAGGGUCAGCAAGCAUGAUGAGCUACAGCAGCAGGAUGCGUGUGCUCAGACACAGAGACAGAGACCUGUUAGGAUCAGGCAGCGAUUGUGGAAGUUUACUGAAGUUGUACCAGGCACGUCUACGUCCAUGUCCCAUCACUCCAAGACACACGGCCGCAGAUGCAAGGGCAAGAAGCCGUCUGAGGUGUUCCGGACGGAUCUGAUCACGGCGAUGAAGCUGCAUGACACCUAUCAGCUGAGCCCUGAGGACUACUACGUGCUGGCUGACGCCUGGAGGCAGGAGUGGGAGAAAGGGGUGCAGGUGCCCGUCAGCCCCGACUCCGUACCACACCCUGUCGUCAGGACGCCGUGUGAGAGGCCCGGGGCGGUGGCCAUUUUUAGCCGGCCUAAGAAGCUGAUUCGCUCGUCGGGCUACGAGCCGCCGGUGCUGGGCUACGUGGGCGUGCGCACGCUGGCCGAGGGCGUCUGCCGGUACGACCUGGACGAGCAGGACGUGGCCUGGCUCAGCGCCGCCAACGCAGAGCUGGAACACAUGGGCCUGCCGGCCCUGGACGAGCUCUCGAUGGAGCGCAUCAUGGAGGAGUUGGAGCGCUGGUGCUACGACAGCCUGCGCCACGCCAUGGAGACGGAGGAGGGGCUGGGCAUCGAGUACGACGAGGACGUGGUGUGCGACGUGUGCCAGUCGCCCGACGGGGAGGACGGAAACGAGAUGGUCUUCUGCGACAAGUGCAACAUCUGUGUACAUCAGGCGUGCUAUGGCAUCCUGAAGGUGCCGUCGGGCAGCUGGCUGUGCCGCAUCUGUGCCCUGGGCAUCUCCCCCCGCUGCCAGCUGUGCCCCAAGAGGGGAGGAGCCAUGAAGCCCACGCGCAGCGGCACCAAGUGGGUACACGUCAGCUGCGCUCUCUGGAUCCCAGAGGUGAGCAUAGGUAACCCAGAGAAGAUGGAGCCCAUCACCAACAUCUCCCACAUCCCCAGCAACCGCCUGGCCCUCAGCUGCUGCCUCUGCAAGGACCGCUCAGGCGCCUGCAUACAGUGCUCGGCCAAGAGCUGCCGCACGGCGUUCCACGUGACGUGCGGCCAGCGCGGCGGCCUGAAGAUGCGCACCAUUCUGACUGAGGCCGACGAGGUCAAGUUCAAGUCCUACUGCCCGCAGCACUCCGGACUCAAGCCCACCGACGUCGCCGCCUCCGAUGGCUCGCAAGACAACCCGGGCACGGCAGUGACAACGGAGUCGGAAAUGGCGUCGGGAAGUGUGGCGAAGGACAUGAAGAAGCUGGCAGCAGCAGCUGGACGAAAGGGAAGCGGAGGAAGAAAACCUCGAGACCCGAAUCAGAACCCGAAUCCGAACCAGCACUUACGCCCAGCCCCCGACCCGCCACACUCGCGCAGCGGCACCAAAGUCUCCUCUGCAUCCUCCAUCUCAGCGGCCUCGGCGGGCUGCCUGAGUGAGCGCAAGCAGCGUCUGCUGCAGCUGGAGGACGAGUUCUACCGGCUGGCGAACGUGGCGGAGACGUCGCGGCGGCUGGGGCUGACUCUGCCCGAGGAGGCCGUGGACCUGGUCUACCAGUACUGGAAGCUGAAGCGCCGGGCCAACCACAACCAGCCGCUCGUCACACCCAAGCGGGAGGAGGAGGAGAGCCUGGCGCGGCGCGAACAGGAGGUGCUGCUCCGACGCCUGAGGCUCUUCACACACCUGCGGCAGGACCUGGAGAGGGUGCGUAAUCUGACCUACAUGGUGACACGGAGGGAGAAGAUCAAGCGGUCAGUGUGUCGCGUUCAGGAGCAGAUCUUCCAGCAGCACAUCAGACUACUGGAGCAGGACCGCUUCACAGGCCUGUCCAACACCAGACGUCUGUCGGAGGCCCAGUUCUACUUCAGAGACCCCGCCAUGAGCAGUGUGCCUUACUCCUCCCCACGCGUCCUCAAGGGCCCCUCGUCCUCCUCCUCCUCCUCCUCCACGUCUAGUACUACGCCUCAGCGGCCUCACUCCAUAACCCAGCCACCACCAAUGAUCCCCACUUCCACACCGGGUGUCCCAAAGUCCUCCACAUCGGCCCCAAACUCGACACAGACGCCUGCAAAAUCCUCCUCUCAGGUCCCCUCAAAAUCCACACAGGCAGCUCCGAAUCUCACGCAGGCCCCCGGCAAAUCCACACACACUCCCCUAACCUCUGCUCAGACACUCCCGACGAAAUCCACAGUGCAGCUUACCCCAAACCCAGUAAUCAAACGGGAGAAGCAGGCCGCCCGAGGAGGACGCGUUAGCGCAGGAAGAUCCAGCUCAGCAACAGAGACAACACCCAGCACCCACACCCCUACUUCCACACCGGCACCCCCAAAGUCCACCACGCAGGCAUAUUCCACAGACUCCACACGGACACCCACCACAAGACCCUCUCAGGUUACGCCAAAAUCCACGCAGACGGCUGAAAAUUAUGCACGGGCUCCUGCAAAACCCACACCAGUGGAUACCCCAAACUCUGCAGCGCAGGUUAGUCCAAACCCAGUGAUGAUCAAACUGGAGAAACAGAGGGUACGAGGAGGAAGAAGAAAAAGAAAAGGAGGAAGAGGUGGCAAUGUCUGCUCAAGAAGUGACCUCACGUCCUCACAAGAAGUGGAAAACCCACCCAGUCCUCACAAAAUAAAUUCCACACAGCUUUCUGCAAAACCUACACCUGUGGUAACCUCAAACUCUACUCCGACAGUCCCAACAAGGUCCGCAGCGCAGGUUACCCCAAACCCAGUGGUCAAGCUGGAGAAGCAGAGCCUACGAGGAGGAAGAGGAGGCAGCAGCAGCAAAACAACUCCCACAGAGAUUUCUACAAAAUCCACAUUGAUGGUUACCCCAAACGACACUCUCGCAGUCCCAAACUCCACAGCACAAAUUACCCCAAAGCUUGUGAUCAAACUGGAGAAGCACAGUCUAAGAGGAGGACGAGGACGUAGUAGCUGUAGCAUUAGCACAGGAAGUGACCUCACAUCCUCACAGGAACAGGAAGUAUCCAAGCCUCCCAAGACCAACGGCCUCCUUCCCGCCAAGACGCCCCGACUUAACGGUGUGUUGGCUCCACCUUCCCAACCACAACGGGCCAAUGACGUGGGCAGGCUGCCCAAGGAUACGGAUAGUAGCUUGUGUCCGACACCUGAAGCAGAGACUCGUCGCGUCACCCGCAGAGACGUCACCAGAACUGCCACAGAGAAAAUUGACAACUUUCGUGUGGAGGUGAGGCUUGAGAGGCAGAAUAGUGACGGCAGCAGCAGUAGCAGCAGCAGCGCCAUUGUUACCCCCAAAACAAGAAGUGAGCGACAGACCAGUGACAAAACAAAUGGGGACAUUGGUAGCAUCAGCAGCAGCAAAAGUGCCGUUAUGAACACCCAGAUGUGCAUGAGAGUGGGGGACCUCAGUCUCGGGGGCCCGAACCACACACCACCCCCCAACCUGAUGCCCACGCUCAGGCUGACUCCUGUAGCCAUCCCCCCAAACGCCCAGAUUUACCACGUGGAGGACCGAAAGAGGAGAGCAGUGGAGCCCUCACCGAUCCCCUCCAAACUCAGAACCAGCCUGAGAGUGUCUCUGGACCACCAGCAGCAGCAGAAGGGUUCAGACAGCAUCGAGAACAUGGAAGAAGACACCUGGAGCAAGAACGCUGCCUCUGCCUCAUCCGCUGUUACCACAGAAACCAAGUACAAUGGAGUUCUGAGGAGGCAGAGUUCCGGAACGGAAUCCUCAGAGACCGGCAGUAGCAGCAGCAGCAGCACUAGGGCCUGGGGUAGCUUUCGUAUCCCCAGGAAAGGAGAGAAGACCAGUGGCCGUGGAGGAGGGCACCAGGGGUUUGAGUCAGCUGGGGGAGCGUUAGGGUCAGAAGGUCCUGAACCUACUCCCGCCACCACCCCUUCUCCCGUACCACGUAGAACAUCAGAGAGAAACUCUACGACGACAGCACACGCCACCGCUCCCACACUCAGAACUCGGGUGAGGGUGGGGGUGGGGGGCGCGGAGAACCACAAGCCAGCAGGGGGCAAGGCUGGCAGCGCCAGUGAGAACAGACCCGUGGAGAAGGAGAAAGACUCUGUAGAGGAGGAGAGUGACAAAGAGGCGGCGGGGCCUGAUGGCAAGCCAUGGCAGGGACAAGCCCAAAGGCUGAGGAGCCAUGACGUCAUCACCCGCCGCUACGGCUCCGACAUCAUUCGGCGCGGGGUGCUGGCAUCCUGACCAGACCGCCCAAUAAGGAGAGGGGGGCAGAGUCAAAUAAUUGAGUUGGACAGGGGAUAAUGGGGAGUGUGAGGGCAGUGCUGAUACACUGGUAUUUAUUUGUGUACAUGUGCUACGUUUUUUGUCCAUGUACUCUUUGUAUAUAAUGUUUAAUUUGGACGUGUUUUUAUUUUUCGGUCAGAAUUUAAUUUAAUGUUAUGGCCACACACACACACCACCCCAUUCCCCUCCAUCAUUUGGUCAACGCCCCACCACCACCAGCCAUUAAUCACAGAGAUAUAUUUCCUAGUUCUUCCAACAUGUGUAUAGUUUUUUUUUUUUUUUUUUUUAAUGACACUCUGGAGGGGGAAAAUUAAUAACGACAGUAAAAGACCUUCAUGAUGCCCUGGUACUCACUGGCCUCUUGAAAAGACAAAACGCCAACUGCACCCACUGAUGUAGUACUGUCCAUAACAGAUGCUUCAUAGCAAUAGGAUUGCUGAAGUUGUCACUAGUGUUUCCUUUCACUCUAUGUUGACUGAGCUGAAAUAUCUCACGUUGGUUUAAAAAGCUUUUUUUAAUUAUUUCUUUGUACAUUAUAAAUGGCCUAAAAAGAAAAUAAGCUUAUUUUAACACACUAUUUAUUGUAUGUCAGUUACGUGACCACGAUUUGUAUAUGGUAGCAAUAGCAAACACAUACUUUUUGACUCUAGUAUGUAAUUUUUUAACAAGUAUAAUUAGACCUGAGGAUGGGAAGGAGAAAAAAUGUGGUAGACUACUGUGUUUGUUUAAAGGUUAAUGCCUUAAAAAAUCUCAAUUCCUUGUAGCCUUUAAAAUCCCUCCUUGAAGUUGGCUGGCUUGAUCGUAAAGUGCAUUCGGUGAUGUAAAUAGUAAUGCAUAAAUGUGAUCAUGAUGAGUUUUCAUCGGCACCCAUUUAGUUGCUUGUAGGCCAAAUCAUUUGAUUGUAUUUCUUCACAAAUGGUCUCACUGUAAAUCACAAAUCAAAGAUGUUUCAAAUUCAUUUGGGCAUUCUUAGUUUGAGGCUAUCAGCAGUAUUCUACAUUACCUCUUUUGAUUUAGUUCAGUGCGUCAUAAGAUGGCACUUAGAAAGAUUGAUCUAUAAAGUUUUGUUGUUAAAAGGUCUUUUGUUUUGUUCCGAGCUGCGCCUAGUCUUUUUCUCUCUCUCUCUCUCCAU